CAACAGAAGGUGACCUCCGUGACGGUUGAGAAGUGGGAGUGCUGUGGUUGAGAGUUGCUGUUACCCGAAGAUGUCUGACCCAAUUAAAGUGUUGGUGACCGGCGCCGCUGGACAGAUUGCCUAUUCUCUCCUUUACAGCAUUGCAAAGGGAGAUGUCUUUGGCAAAGAGCAGCCCAUCAUCCUUGUCCUGUUGGACAUUGGACCCAUGAUGCCAGUCCUGGAUGGUGUUGUUAUGGAAUUGCAGGACUGUGCCCUCCCACUUCUGAGAGAGGUCAUUCCCACCGACAAGGAGGAGGUCGGUUUCAAGGACCUUGACGUUGCCAUUUUGGUGGGCUCUAUGCCCAGGCGGGAUGGCAUGGAGAGGAAGGAUCUACUGAAGGCCAACGUUGCUAUCUUCAAGGCCCAGGGAUCAGCCCUGGACAAGUAUGCCAAGAAAACUGUCAAGGUCCUUGUGGUCGGCAACCCAGCUAACACCAACUGCCUGAUUGCUGCCAAGUCUGCCCCAUCCAUCCCCAAGGAGAACUUCUCCUGCUUGACCCGUUUGGACCAUAACAGGGCCCGUUCUCAGGUGGCAAUGCGCUGUGGCAUUACAGCAGACGGUGUGAAGAAUGUAAUCAUCUGGGGCAACCACUCCUCUACCCAAUACCCUGAUGUCCACCACUGCAAGGUUCACAUUAAGGGCAAAGAUGAGGCGGCCUUUGAUGCAGUGGCAGAUGAUGCCUGGCUGAAGGGAGACUUCAUCUCUACAGUCCAGCAGCGCGGAGCUGCCGUGAUCAAGGCCAGGAAGCUGUCCAGCGCCAUGUCUGCUGCUAAGGCCAUCUGCGACCACAUGAGGGACAUCUGGAGCGGCACUGCUGAUGGUGAGUUCAUUUCAAUGGGUGUCUACUCCUCUGGCAACUCCUAUGGCGUCCCUGAAGACCUAAUCUACUCAUUCCCUGUUACUAUCAAGAAUAAGACCUGGAAGAUUGUUGAUGCGCUGCCAAUCAAUGAGUUCUCCCGCGCCAAGUUGGAUGCCACUGCAGCUGAACUGGUAGAGGAGAGGGACACAGCUGUUGCCUUCCUGUCUGCUUGACUAGAGCCCCAACUACCAACACCACAGCACUUAGACAGCCAGAAACCUCCAGACCCUCGUCUGUGAAGCACUCCUAAAUGGUUCUGUAUGCAAUACAGUGUAUGUGCGCGCGAAUGUAUGUGUUUGUGAGUCAUUGUGAACUACAUUGACAUUUCAUCUGUUACAUAAAUGGAACAGGUCCAUAUUCAAAACCUGGGAGGAAUGUUUCUUUAGCUGAGAAUGAUGCACUAGAUGUACAGUCACUGUAACGGUUCAUUAUUGAGUCCAACCAUUAAAAAACAGACUAAGUCCA